GAUUUAAAUUUGGAAUAGCCCGAGUGUUAAAACUUCGAUCGGUGCAACAGUUCAGGGUGUGUGUUCUACUCUCCUUCCUUCAGAAACCAGUCAACAGAGAAACAGCAGCAAUAGAAUUUGGAUUACUAUACGGAAUUUUUCCCCAUAAUCCGAAAGACCCAAGACAGUCGUACGAGGAGAAAUAAAGAAUAAUAGUAACAAGCGAGGAGGAGAUAAGGUGGAAGAGGAAACUGACGGAAAAGAAAGGGGUUAUGGGGAGGCGCCUCCUCUAGCCCGAUAUGACGAAGAAGAUGAUGAAUUAAGAAGAAAAGAAUAUGGAACAGGUAAGGAAUGUAAAAUAAAGGAAAUGAUCACAUUCCAGGAUAGCAGCCCCGGAAAGAUCAUCAAAAGAAAAUAUAAAGAAGAGUCUUCAUAGGAAGAAGAAGCGGGAAACAUGAACGUAAAAAACAAGGUUGGCAGUAUGGCGGAACCAAUAACAGAAAGGAUAGUGCGAGAAAUGAACCAAUCGAAAGGAAGAACUGACAACAAAGACGUAAGUAAAGUUAAAGUUGGUAUUACAAAUAACGGAAAAGAUUCAAAGGAGCACACAAAGGAAGAGAACAACGGCAAGGAAGCAAAAAGAGAAACUAAAGCGAAUAAAGUCAGAAUAAUUGAAUCCACUGGUAUUAAAAAUAAAUAUAGAAUAGUUGAAGAAUUAAACAAAAGUGAGGAAGAAGAGAUUACUACGCAAAGGCUGGGAAAACCCACAGAGAAAAUCAGUAAAAGUGAAAACAAGGUAAGAGAGCACGCGUAUAACAAAGUAAAGGAUGAAAAUGAAGAAUUUUAUAUGGAGGAACUGGAAAGCGGGGAGUAUACCAUAUGUCUUAAUUUAAACAAGGAAAAAAUGUCCACCAAAAGGAAAUAUAAUUUGGUUAAGAUUUACAGUAUAAUUAAUGUUCUAGGUAUAAAGCUGAGAGAAAUAAGAAUGGUCGAAUUCUCAAGGGCCGAACUAACUAUGGGAUCAAGGAAAGAAGCAAACAGAAUUAUAGAAUAUGGUAGGAGAAGAGAAACAGGGUACAAUGCGUACAUACCUAGGAGAAAGCGUACUAGACGAGGUGUCACAAAAGAAUGGGAGGGCACACUGAAUGAGUUAAAGGAGUGCAUAAUGGUAGGACAAGGUGAAUUCGAGGCAAAAAGACUAAAAAGACACAGGUUACGAGAUGGGAAGGCUGUCUGGGAGGAUAGUGACGCUAUUCUUCUAACAUUCAAAGGGGAUUCCCUCCCUACUAGAUUGUAUAUAGGCCAAGGCCACGUGUGGCUCAAGGUGGAACCUUUCAUUGAAUCUGUUAAGCAAUGCUUCCGAUGCUUCCGUUUCGGACACUUACAGGCGGUAUGUAAAGCAAAAUCUAGAAGAUGCAUGGUAGGCAGCGAACAAUUUCAUGGUGAAUGUAAUAAACAGCAGAGAUGUGUAAACUGUGGGGAGGCUCAUAGGGCAAAUGCCAGAGAGUGCCUAAUAUUUCAAAGGGAGAGCGAGCUUAAAAAAACCAUGGCCUACAAAAAUGUUUCUUAUUCUCAGGCUAGAGAGAUCCUCAAGGACAAAUACGUGGGACGUAGAUAUGAUCUUGAUAUUGAAAGCGAAAAAGAAUUCCCCAAGUUGAGAACAGACAAAUAUGAUAGAAACGAAAAAUGGGAAAGAAUGAAUGUUCCUUCAAAAAUUAGGGAUUAUAAUGUGUGGAAUAAAAAUAUGGGAUACAGGAGGAACCAGGAAAGAUACUCCAGCGAUCGCGGCGUCACACGCGCGUUACGUUAUCGAUAG